CACUGCGCAACAAACACACGGACAAACCAGCAGCCAGAGCGCUCGUCCAGAGAGAGCUUCAGAUUCCAGGUCAGGAACCGCCAGAAUGACGAAUACUGUACGCCGCCUCGUCUCCAAAGACGGACGCAGCAACGUAAAAAUCGACAAUGUGGAGGGCAUGGUCAAACUCUUCCUGCACGACCUCUGGACGACGGUGGUGGACAUGAAGUGGCGUUAUAAGAUCACGCUCUUCGCCUCCACCUUCGUCAUGACAUGGUUCGUGUUCGGUGUGGUCUUCUACCUUAUCGGCCUGAGGAACGGAGACUUCCAUGCAGACCCGUCCUCCAACCACACACCCUGCGUCAUGAACGUGCACACACUGACCGGAGCGUACCUGUUCUCCCUGGAGACCCAGACCACCAUCGGCUACGGGUUUCGGCACGUGUCGGAGGAGUGUCCACUGGCCAUCGGGGCACUGGUGCUGCAGCUGGUGCUCACGGGGCUGGCUGAGAUCUUCGUGACCGGAGCCUUCCUUGCCAAACUGGCACGGCCUAAGAAGCGUGCGGGAACCAUCAAGUUCAGCCGGUGUGCAGUGGUGUGCCGGAGGGGUGGACACUGGUGCCUGAUGGUGCGUGUGGCCAACAUGCGAAGCAGCCUGCUGAUCCAGUGCCAGCUCUCAGGGAAGCUGCUAGCACCCCACGUCACCCUGGAGGGUCAGAAAACACUGGUACACCAAACUGCGGUGGACUUCCAGACGGACUCCAGUGGAGAGUGUCCGUUCCUGCUGCUGCCCCUCACCUUCUACCACGUGCUGGACGAGCGGAGCCCACUGGCCGACCUCACCGCACACAACCUGCAGAAACGGGACUUCGAGCUACUGCUGACGCUAAAUGCCACCGUGGAGUCCACUGCUGCCUCCUGCCAAAGUCGCACCUCAUACCUGCCACAGGAGAUCCUGUGGGGGCAGGAGUUCAGGCCGAUGUUGACCAACACCUCCGGGACACUGAGCGCAGACUUCAGCCUCUUCCACAGCGUGCAGAUCUGCAGAGAACAGAGUCACACUGAGGAGAAGAUGCAGCUGGAGGAGGAGUACAGAGAGGGACAAGGGCACUGA